AUGAACCUGUCUUCAACCUCAAAGCUCUCCACUUUUGCUUGGGGAAUGGUACUGGGAGUUUUAACCAUGUUCAUGUUUGAACACUAUAAUUACAUGCAGUUUAUGCACGAGUUUAUGGAAACUGGGUACACCGAAAAAAUAGCUGCUCAGAGAAAUGUUAGCAAGUAUAAGACUAACGCGUAUUAUCGUCCUCCCGAACCAAAAAGAUACAGCAUUCAACGAGAGGAGAGAGGCUAUUUGGCCCCUGAAGUUAACGCGACACGAAUCUUAUGCUGGAUAAUGACAACUCCAAACAACAUACGUGAACGAGCAAAAUCAGUGAAGGAUACGUGGGGAAAACGCUGCGACACCCUUCUGUUUUUCAGCUCGAAAGAGGAUCCCAAUUUCCCCGCCAUCGGGCUUAAUGUUAUGGAGGGGCGUGCAAAGUUGUAUGACAAAGCUAGAGCAUCAUUGGAGUACAUUUAUAACCACCAUCUCAACGAUGCUGAUUGGUUUUUUAAAGCAGACGACGACACUUACGCCAUCAUUGAAAAUCUUCGUUCUUAUCUAUCCAAAUUGAAUACCUCGGAACCUCAUUACCUUGGCAGAAUUUUUACUCAUGAUGGUAUUUACAACAGCGGUGGAGGAUACGUUUUUAGUCGUGAAACACUGCGAAGGUUUAAAAAAGCACUGGGUGAACCAAGCUGCCCACAACACUACCCUUUUGAGGACGUAGCAGUCGGAAAAUGCCUCAAGGCACAGGGUGUCGUGCCCGUUAGAACCACAGAUUCCAGCGGCAAAGAAACGUUUAUGGUAUUACCACUUGAGUCUCAUCUGAUGCCCCUCAGAUAUAAGUUACCAGGAUGGUACCCGAAAUUCUAUAAAGAGGGCGCUGAAUACUGCUCAGAAUACCCAUAUCUUUUUCAUAAAGUUAAUCCAAACAUAAUGUAUCAGAUGGAAUACUUAAUCUAUCGUGUGAAAGUGUGGUCCAAAAACAGUAAAUAA